AAUGCCAAAACAUCAAUCCGUAAAUAAAAAAUAGAAAAGAGUGAAAAAGUUUCCUGCCAGCCAGCCAGCAAGCCAGCAUCAGAGGGGUUUAAUUUUUGUGUUAUUCUAUUUUUAUUCCUGACUGCAAACCAGAACCUGUCGAAGCUUUCGCCAUCGUUUUCAGCGCUUUCGUCUGCUGGUCUGUGGUAGGAAAUCUAUUCAGUUCACAACGUUACAGAUCUCGUGAAGCGUAUCUCGGUCGCGCUCUCCAUCAGCACCACCACUUGGUGUAAUGAGAAAACUUACGACGUAUCCGUCGCACUCCACAACGUCGCCCGCAUCGUCAUCGUCGUCCGCGAAGCAGGUGCUCCAGCACAGAACUUUGGGGCAGAUCGGGAAUGAAUUGUUGCAAGAAUGCAAAACCUGUACCGAAAAUUCACGCCUCUCGAAGGGGUUACGCGAUCAGCUGGAGCGCCUGGCGCGCAAGAUGCGGAAGGAGGUUGUGAAACGGGUGAGCGAUGGCUGCUCGCCACUGUUUAUCGCCUGUCGCCGAGGCAAUGUGUACAUCACGGAGUAUUUGAUAACGAUGUGCGAUGCAGACAGCGAACAGAGAGGCAUGUUCGAGGUUCCGGAGGAUCGCUCCGUUCACCACGUAACGCCGCUGUGGUGUGCCUGCGUUUCCGGCAAGCUUCCGGUGGUAAAAUGUCUCGUCCGUCUUGGUUCCAACAUUAAUGCGCUUUCGGACACUGGAUCAACUCCAUUGCGUAGCGCUUGCUUCAUGACACACAUUGACAUUGUUCAAUUUUUGGUGGAACACGGCGCAGACAUUAAGAAACCGAACUACAAUGGAGGCACGUGUCUGAUCAAUUCCGUGCAAUCGGUCACCCUCUGCACGUACCUCAUCAGCAAGGGCGCGGACGUGAAUGCCCGCGACAUUCAAAACAAAACGGCACUACACUACGCCAUUCAGGAGCAUCGGCUGGAAACGGCCCAGCUGCUCCUGGAGCACGGGGCUGACCCGUUCGCCAAAUCGCACUACGGCGAUGAUGCGCUGCAGACGGCCUGCCUCAAGGGAGCCUAUCAUAUAUUCGAUUACUUGAAAAAGCGUAUCAACUACUCCGCCGAACGGUUGGCCGACGCGCACGAGCUGUUCGGCUCGACACUGAUCGAUGAUCUGAACGUGACGCGGGGUGCCAUUCUGCACUGGCGAUUGGCACAUCAGAUUCGCCUGCGGGAAGCCGAGUACAUACCGAAGAAACCCACGAUCGAGCCGCGUGCGGCGUACGGAUACGCGACCGAAUUUACCACCGUCCGCGAGCUGGACAAUAUUGCCGCCGACAUGGACGCGAUGCGGGUACAGAGUUUACUCAUUUACGAGCGUAUUCUCGGCAUCGAACACAGGGACACACUGUUCCGGCUCAUGUUCCGAGGGGCGUCCUAUGCCGAUGCGCAUCGGUUCCAGCGUUGCAUCGAUCUAUGGCUGCUCGCGCUACAGGUACGGGUGCACAAAUAUUCCAUCCUGUACUCGGACACGUGUCUAGCGGCCCAAGCCAUUGUGCGGCUGAUGCUGGACCUAACCGAUGGGUGCGACGAAAUGAUGCCGGUGGAAUUGUACGAGGGCAGCGUACCACGGUUCGAGGAUGUGUACGCCGUGUUUAACAUCCUGACCGCCAACAUAGCGGUGGCCCGGCAACUCAUCACCAUCCGCCCGGUGCACCGCAAGCAGCAGGAAAACUUUGAUCGCGUGAUGAAGUGCCUUACGCACUUGAUGUAUCUGAUGCUGGCCACGGCCAAAACGGAGUCGGACCGGAACGCCAUCUACCGCGCAGUGCACACGCUCGUGCACAGCAAGGUGUGUAGCGCCAUCACCAACGACACGCUGCUCCAUCUCUCCGUGUCACGGUUGAACGUGAUCAAGAGUGGGUACUUCAGUGACGAAUCCACCUCGCUGCGGGUCGUUUUCCCGAGCUUGAAGGUGGCCAAGCUGCUGCUAGACUGUGGGGCUGACGUGAACGCAAAGAAUGAGUCGAAAUCGACUCCGCUGCUGGUUGCUGCUAUGCCUUACAACUAUGAUCGUGAUGUGAUUUAUACGUUGCUUGAGUACGGCGCACAUUUGGACGAACCGAACCGGCAGGAUGAUCGGCCGCUAAACUUGCUGCGCAACAAUCCCAUCACCGACAUUCCGACGCUAAACUAUCUUCCACUCAAGUGUCUCUGUUCGACGGUGAUCGUGCGGUUUGGCAUACCGUACCGCAACCAAAUACCACGCACGCUGGAAGAAUUUGUCCAACGGCACGAACCGUAAUAGAAGAAGCAAACUAAUUUACCACCCACCCCAUCCGGGAACGAACUCUGUCCCGGUUUGUCGUAAGUUUUUUCAGCCAGCUAAGUUCUAAAUCUGUGAUUUUUAUAGCACGAGAGCGAGAGCGAGAACACAUACACCCACUGUCAAUAGGAUUCAAUUUCAAAUCGUUUUGCAAACAAAUUACAACUGAACCAGCAAUGGUGGCACAUUGAACACUACGGCCCCCUGGCGCGCUAUUUGUCAAUUUCUUAGCAAUAAUUAGCAUUUGGUGGAAAGAAAUUCAACGAUGCGAUACACUGCACCGGAGGCAAAUGCAUAUUAAACCCAACCACACUACAAAACUAAUAAAACAUACUUAGUGCGUUACGAUGUAGCUAUAUGUGUGAAGCUAGGAACCUAAAUGAGUAGUUCCAAAAUAGCGUGGACGGGGACAUGUUUAGGACGAGAACACAAAAACAGAAGUAAACCGUUGCAUAUACUCCAACGUAAGUUGUGCGGGCUUAACGGAGAGAGAGAAAGAGCUAAAAAUAUCGGAUUAUUACAACGGCAAUACAUAACCAAACGUAUAAUACUGUAAAAUAGCACCAGCUGUGUAGCAAAGCUUUUGGAACGAUUUGCAAAACACAUCCACACAAACACUUUGGGUAAAAUAAAGCUUAAAUUAAGUUGUAACAGUGCUUUUCACGAGGAAUUUGCCAUGGACGCAAAUGAAAGGGAUCUUACAAAAGAUGUAUUAUGCAUUAUGUUGAGCCGGUACUCCACAGAACUUACUAAAAUAAAGUCGAAAUGUAUGAUUAGCAAAGUUACAAAACGUACGAAACUGACUCGGUGAACAGUUAGUUUGCCUAGCAUAAGUUGUUUAGUUUACAACAUUUCGAUUUCGGAGGAAUGAUUCUUGAUCCUUCCUCUUCCUUGGCACUAACACUAGGGUUUGGCAGAAAAAAGGGCGAACACUUAUGUAGGAGUACCGCAGCAAGCACAUCGUUAUCAAGUCACAAAAAGCAAUAAUAUCGAACGGUUCUAGAAGAAUUCAGGUUGAUAAUAUCCUAUCGAAAACGAACUAACAAGAGGGUGCAAGAAGUUUAGAAAACGUAUUGCGAAAUAAUUUGUCGAAUAUCGACUGCCAGAUGCGUGUUUUAGGAGACUUCGGGUUAAACAUACUCUCAAAUUGUUGAAUCGUACGGACGCCACCGACCAUUGGGCCCUCCCCCUAAUGAUGGUUUUUGAGUGAGUCUAAUAACAUAAAACGAUCUGUGCGGAUCGUAGAAAAGGGCAUCGAUACAAAACAGCUUUUCGUGGGAGAACAAUCCUGCUUUUUUGUACAAAAUCUGCACAGCAAGUUACAUAUAACAUGUGGCUUUAGCUUCUUCUUCUUCUUCUUUAGCGCUACAACCUCGAGAGGUCUCGGCCUACCAUUUCUGGCUCUCUGUGACUUGAUUCUACUCGUAGCAAAGUAGUCAGCUCUGCGUACGGGGGGCGGUCUGGUUGUCCAGAGAUGUUGGCUGCCUUGUCAAGUUUCCUGAUGGAACGCACCCCGGACUGGGAGCAAUCUUCUAGUGUAUAACGAUUGUAUCACCUUUAAGGCACUGUCUUAUUCGAUGAACUGUGUCCGAACGACAUCCCAAACGCUUUGGGUAAUCUCUUCCGACGGGCAACUACAUUUUAAGCAUGCCUACUAUUCAAGAAUUUGCGCUACAAAAAUAUGAAUUUUCUGAAGUUUUCGCCGACGUUUUCUAGCUGCCUUGACAACCUAAGCUGGUAUCGUUCGACGUUAGGAUAUUCCUUACAGUAAACGUUAACCUCAAAGUGGUUGUAAGUGACGCACUGCAAAAAGCAAAGGGCAAUACGUAGCACACCUCCCGUACGAGCAUAACAUAAUCGUUCCCUGUCGUUCGUAAAGGUAUGCAUAAAGAAUAAAGUAACUCAAAAGCACUACCCAAUAAUAUACUGCUUUCAUGACGACAAACACGCCUAUAUGCAUACAUACAACAUGUACACACACGUAUGCGGUAUAUUAAAGUGCUAGGUAACCCACAAAAUAUGAAUGGUGUGUAGGAAGGCACA